ACUUAACUUAACAAGUCACCAGAGAAGUAAGAGCGAUUAAUACAGAGUCCAGCACAAUCUUAUAAUCCUAAUCAGCCUCUUUACUCUCCAUUCGAAAAUGUCUUGCUGUGGAGGAAACUGUGGUUGCGGUGCUGGCUGCAAGUGCGGCAAUGGCUGUGGAGGAUGCGGAAUGUACCCUGAUGUGGAGAAGAACACAAAUGCAACCAUCAUUGAGGGAGUUGCACCAACAAACACGUUCUCUCAGGGUUCAGAGGUGAUCUUUGCAGCUGAAGGAGGGCAUGCCUGCAAGUGCGGAUCAAACUGCACCUGUAAUCCGUGCAAAUGUUGUGAAAGGGGAUUCAUACACGUGUACGGUGGGCAGCAUCAUACAAUCUCUUCUCUUGCACUAUAUAUAGAAGGGCAAUGUGUAAAUGAUUUCACAGAAAAUUCAGAGUCUGCUCUGCAUUGCACAAUAUUUAAAUAUUAUAUAAGAAAAAUGUCGAGCUGUGGAUCAAAUUGUAGCUGUGGUUCUGACUGCAAAUGCGGCAGCAAUGGAGGAUGCAGCAUGCACGUUGACAUAGAGAACUCCGCUGCUGCCACAAUCAUUGCUGGAGUUGCACCUUUGAAGAUCAAUUUUGAUGGAGCUGAGCAGAGCUUUGGAGCAGAAGGAGGAAAUGCCUGCAAAUGUGGAUCAAGCUGCACUUGUGAUCCAUGCAACUGUUGAUCGCCAUCAUUCAUGAUGAGCUGUACCAACAUAUAUAUAUUUAGCAGCUUGUGCCUUUUUAUUGUGUAUGAAAAUUGAAAAAUAAGACAGCCACCAGAACAUCUCGGAAAAUCUAGAAUUUUCUGAUGUCUCAGGCAACUUGUGUGCUUAUGCUGUUCCACACUCUGCUAUAUGUUGGUACAAGGAAUUAUUACUUUCGGUUCUCUUCUUGUUA